CUCAAUCUUGGCUUAUAAUUGACAUGGUGAAACUUCACUGGAGAAACAAAGCGGGUUGCAACUCUCAUGCUCUCUUCUGAGAAACAAAGAAAGGCGUCAAAUGCAGGAGCAGUUUGUUUCCACUCACCAAGCCAAGAUUACUUUGCCAUAUGUCUAUCUAAUAAGUUCAAAAGAUAAAGACAUUAGAAUAGCUUUAUACUAUUUAUGAAAUUUUAGAAGAUUCUGAACAUCUCCAAGUGCUUAAGCAAGGAAGUAAAGAAGUAAAAAAGAAAAAAAUCUAAAGAAGUAUCUCAAAAUUAUUUUCUUUUCUCCAAUUGCAUUUCCCUAGAUAGGGCCAAUUGACCUCCAUUUUGAUCAUUGCACCAAGUUGACAUCUAAAUCCCCAUAACUAGUGCCAAAAGGGUUCUGCCCACCAGAAUACUAAAUCAUAAGAUAUUCAUAGCUACUCUUAUACUAAAUACCAAUGCACAACAGAGAAACAUCAACAUGAAAAGUAGAGGCUACACUGAAUUUUCAUCUCUACAAUAAAAAGAUGGUGUUUUGUGAGCAAUGGAAUAGCCAAUCUGAAAUGCCAAAGCAUUUUCAGGUGAAAAAUUCUGUCUUAUGCCUUCAAUCUUACCAGUAACGCUAUGAUGAUUCUGUAGUGAUUGAAAUAUGCGUCUCUAUAGGUAGUUGAUUUAAUAAAAUUAGGUAUCUUAUAAAGGUACCAAUAGCAC